ACUGGGUGCCGCCUGUGGAUGAAACACGGAAGAGUUCAUUCAAGGAAUCUACUGUGGAGAUACAGGCAGGAUAGAAGCACACGGAGCGCAUCGGGAUCCUUUGAUUUACAGCAAAAAACCUUCCUGAAGAAAAUUAUCCCAUGAAGACGAGACAAAUGUGUCUUCAUAUGCGAUUUCGUUGCGUUACUUUGGAUAAAAUCUGAGAUGUUGGGAAAGGUGAAACUUAAUGGAUUCUUUGUCGUUUGGACUAUACUUUCCGCGUUUGGCGAAAAACUCGAUGACGGUUGUGGCCACUCCAUGCUGGGCCCAGAGAGCGGUGUCCUCUCCUCUAAGAACUACCCGGGAACCUACCCCAACAACACCUGGUGCGAAUGGAAGAUCCGCGUGCCAGAGGGCAACAGCCUGGUCCUCAGGUUCGGAGACCUGGACGUGGAGGCACGGGACUGCCAGUCGGACUACGUCAAGGUCCUCAAGGGUGUCUACGGAGGCGAGCAUGUGUAUGGGACAUUCUGUGGCAGCCUGAAGUCCUACCCAAGAGAGGUACACACGGACUCCAAUGAGGUCAUCGUCCAGUUCCGCAGCGGGCGCCACAUCUCGGGCCGAGGGUUCCUGUUCUCCUACUCCUCAGGGGACCACAGAGAUCUGCUCACAUGUUUGGAUAAAGGCAGCCAUUUUUCAGAUUUAAAAUACAGGAAGUACUGUCCGGCAGGAUGCAAAGCAGUGGCAGGUGACAUAUCCGGGGACAUUUCCCAGGGUUACAGGCAUACGUCUGUGCUGUGUAAGGCUGCCGUCCAUGCAGGGGUUAUCCUGGAUGAGUUAGGAGGCUGGGUAUCCGUGGAGACCCACAAAGGCCUGAGUCACUACCACGCCACCAGAGCCAAUGGGAUCCAAUCCAAAGACGGCUCUUUGUCCGAAGCGCUCUUCACGUUCCUCAUUAAUGACUGUAAGAACCAGUCAGUGUUGCAGCAUGUGUCUGUUAGUGCCAGUUCGUGGGGAGAAGCGAUGGGUUGUCAGUCUGAUUGGGCGCCCAACAGCUCCCAGGCUGACCCAGGAUCAAGGGGAUGCACCUGGGCUGCAGAUCAGAACGACAGCCUGCAGUGGCUCCAGCUGGACCUGGGGGAGAAGAAAAGGAUCACAGGGAUUAUCACGACUGGCUCUACUAUGUUGGACUACCACUACUAUGUGAGGAGCUUCAAGAUAGUUCACAAGGAGAGGAGUCGGUGGAGGACGUACACACAGAACAACAGCACACAAUACAUGAUAUUUGAGGGGAACCAGGACAGUCUGCAUCAGACCAGGAACACCUUCCACAAUCCAAUCAUAGCCCGCUAUCUGCGGAUCAUCCCUCAAACCUGGCACCAGAGGAUCGUCAUGAGGGUAGAGCUGCUGGGCUGUACCCAUCUCAGAGUGAACAUGUCGUCCCAGGUCACAUUACCCACCAAACCCAAGCCUCCGGUGGGGGACGAAGAGAUCACUGAGCCAGUGCCCUCCCAGGCAGACCGCGGGAAGCUGGCCAUCAUCAUUGUACCCAUAGUCUUAUCUGUGGUGCUCCUGCUGGUUGGGAUUUGUGUAUUCAAGAUGCUGCAGAAGAAGAAGACAAAGGAGAACUCAUACGGAUCCUCUGAUACCCAGAAAACAGGUUGCUGGAAGCAGAUCAAGCAGCCGUUUGCCAGGCACCAGUCCACAGAGUUCACCAUCAGCUACAGCUCAGAGAAGGACCCCAUACAGAAACUAGACCUGGUCACCAGCACCAUGGCAGAGUACCAGCAGCCUCUGAUGAUUGGGAUGGGCACAGUGACCAGGAAGGGCUCUACAUUCAGGCCCAUGGACACCGAGACCAAGGAGGACCCUAGCGACCCGUCCACCCACUACAACUACCUGCACACAGCCAACCAGUACGCCCUGCCCCUCACCAACCAGGAGCCAGAGUACGCCACACCCAUCAUCGAGCGCCACACCUUCCACAAGGAUGGCUUCCUGCCAGACCCGGCCAACUACUGCGUUCCAGGUGUUGUCCUCAGCAAGACCCCCUCCUUUAAAACCAUGGACAGGAAAGCAGGGGUGGGCUCCUCCGGGGGCUACCAAACCCCCCAGGUCAAAACAGACCGGGGACACAGUAACUCUGAGGGGGUCUACGACAGCCCCAAGGUGAACAAGCCUGUGGCCCAGAGCAAGAGCUGUGGCUGCUCAGACUACCAGAGACCCCAGGCCAAGCCAGCAGCGCUGGAGAGCUACUCCACCCCCAGGGACUGUGUGAGGGUGGCCCCCGCCAUUGGCCACAGGCCGGACCAUCGACCAGACCCUGAGGGCAGCUCUGGAGGAACCUGAUGAUGGAACAUCUAUGGGACUACAGGAUGAACUGGCUGCAUCUCUGAGGCUGUGCAAGCAGACAUCAAAAUACAGAUGGUUACUUUUAUUUUCCUCUUUAUGAGGUGAUUUAUUAAAAAGAAAAUAGUGAUGAGACAGGACAUGUCCCUAAAAAUGGGAAAAUACCUCCCCUCAUUCAACUGUGACUGAUGUUUGUGACUGUAACAUAAGAUUGAGAUAAUGUGACUCGGUUCCUUGACUGUACAGUAUAUUAUGAGGUCAUGGUGAAGCUGUUUUCAGCAGGGAGACAUAGAGGAAGCAGAGUGCUUGUUAAGUAAAGCAGCACCCAGUUUAAAGUGGCAGAUUUGUGUGUCGCCAGCGGGUCCUACUAUAGGGCGAUUUAUGCAGUCAGUGGAGUUGGCUCUUAACAGAGAACUGUAAGGACACACUGUGACUGAAAGGACUGGUGUCACAGCAUGGGGUCCCCCACAAUGGGGGUUCUGUUACCAUGUUGCAGGUGGCUCUAUGCUCUAAAGCCGAGUGGCUGCAUCGCUGCUCUGUAUCAAAGUCUGGAGGCAGAGAGCCCAUGAAUAGGCAAUGGGAGAGAGUGUACAGUUAGUCUGGCAUAUUUAGAAACACCCAGCUGGGGAUUUAGGGGAGUACAAAUGGACUACAACACAUCACAGAGCUGUUUUUAUAUGAUCUGUUAAACUGAACUUGAUCAAGAACUACUGUAAAGGCCUGUUCUUUUUUAAAUGGAUGUUGAACACAAAGCCAUGUUAAAUGGUACCAUUCCUACAGUUUAUACAUACAUGUGCAUAGUUUGAACAUGUUUAUUGCCAAGAGUAAAGAAAAAAAAAAUAGAAUUGCUGUCGACUAUAUUAAAAGCACCAGUGAGUGUGGUGUUGCUGCUGUGUACGAAAGACCUUAGGAUGUAACUAAGAACUCUUUAAUUUCUGUGAAAUAUUUAGUGGAGAUCUUUUGAGCGGGGUUGCAUGUAAGUGCAGUACUCCGUCUGAUCGUUGCAAAAGGUUUGUCACUCUCAUUCAGAGUGUCUACUGACUGUUGGCUGUAAACUGAGCCCUGAAUAAAAACACCAGCAGUUGACCGCCACAUGUCAAGGUCUCUUUACUAUGUGAAAAUGUGUCUCAGCAGCCUAGCCUCGGCCCUGGGACAACCGGCUUUCCAGUCCCAGCGCCCAGAGAAGCGGGAAGUCACAGGAACACCCCACCUCCACCAGCACUCCGCCUGUUUCUGUCUGUGAAGGAAUGUGGUAGUUUGGUGUCAGACUGGGAGCAGCAGCUGCUGCCCAGUCCUCUCAGCUCUGGGCCCAGCUGAAGAGAAGAGGGGAGAAGGCUGAUUUGGGGGUAUGACAGCCUCACUGAGGGCCCUGAUAACACAUUACUGGUCUCUCCAUAAGCGGGGGUUAGAGUGGUGGUCUGGUGGAGAUAACCCGAGUCUGAGAAGAGACUGUGGCUAUGAUCCUUAGUGUGUGAUGAGAGUGGCUGUGUGUGAGGUCAUGUCUGCCAGUGGGCUGGGCCUAGUCCAGCGGUUCACACAGGGGUGUGGGGCACCGUUUACACCUCCAACCCAAAGCUACCUGAAAGCUCAGAUUCAGAGCAGCCCUUUCUGUGACUACACUGCUUCUUGCGGACUGCUGACUUUGAUUUUAGCUUUGUUCACGUGAGCUUCAAGAGUAUCAGUUUUGUACUGUGUCCCAUUGGUAAAUUCUAAAUGGCAGGAAAAACAUUAACCUAAAACUAGAGCGCGUUUACAAGUAUUUGGAUACAUAGUUCUUCUUCUUACCAUAAUUGUCUGUAUGAAGUCCUUAGUAGUUUGAUAUGAAUCGUAACUGUAUGUUUUUUCAUUUGAUAAAUGUUCAGUAUGUGUCUAUUCACUGUGAAUAAUUGACGACUGCUGUUUCUAUGUGCUGUAUUGAUAAACCUCAGAAUGCACUACCAGUGGUUCUAGCGUUUACAUCUCC